GGUGGAGCUAUAAUGGUCGCACCCUGUGACCCUGAAUUCAUUUCCCUGCUUUUUGGGAGAGGUGCUGAGCGGUACCUGAGCAGCAGACAGCCACUCCUGAAUGCUGUAAGAAAGGAGAGAAAGCUAGCAAGAGACUAAAAGAGGCGCUGAGGACCAUGGCUUAUGGUUGGUCCUUCUGGGUCGGUUUCUAUGGGACUGCCGCACUGCUCCAUACAGUGUGGAGCGGGCAGCAGCCCCAGGAGAUAUUGAUGGCGGAGGGGGAGCAGAAAUGUUCUUGCCAGAUCAGUGGUUACUUGGAUGAUUGUACUUGUGAUGUUGAAACUAUUGACAGCUUUAAUAACUACAAGAUUUUCCCAAGACUUCAAAAACUUCUGCAAAGUGUCUAUUUUAGAUAUUACAAGGUAAACCUAAAAAAGCCUUGUCCUUUCUGGAAUGAUAUGAACCACUGUGGAAGAAGAGACUGUGCUGUGAAACCUUGUCAGUUUAAUGAAGUCCCUGAAGGGAUUAAAUAUGCAAGCUAUAAGUAUUCCAAAGAAGCCAAUAAUAUUGUUGAAGAAUUUGAGCAGGCUGAGCAACUUGGUGCUGUUAACAGAUCCCUCAGUGAGGAAACACAACAAGCUGUUCUUCAGUGGGCUAAACAUGAUGAUUCUUCAGAAAACUUCUGUGAAACUGAAGAUAUACAAUCUCCUGAUGCUGAGUAUGUAGAUUUGCUUCUUAAUCCAGAGCGUUACACUGGGUACAAGGGACCAGAUGCCUGGAGGAUAUGGAAUGUCAUCUAUGAAGAAAAUUGUUUCAAGCCACAGGCAAUCAAAAGGCCUCUAAAUCCUUUGUCAUCACAUCAAGAAAACACUUUUUACACUUGGCUUGAAGGUCUUUGUGUAGAAAAAAGAGCUUUCUACAAACUUAUAUCUGGCCUACAUGCAAGCAUUAAUAUUCACCUAAGUGCAAGAUUUCUUUUAAAAGAGACCUGGUUGGAAAAGAAAUGGGGACCCAAUAUUACUGAAUUUCAUCAGAGGUUUGAUUCAAUUUUGACAGAAGGAGAAGGUCCAAGAAGACUUAAGAAUUUAUACUUUCUCUACUUGAUUGAAUUAAGGGCUUUAUCUAAAGUACUACCCUUCUUUGAGCGUCCAAGUUUUCAGCUCUUCACAGGAAAUAAAAUACAAGACACAGAGAAUAAAAAAUUUCUUCUUGAAACACUUCAUGAAAUCAAGGCUUUUCCUUUGCACUUUGAUGAGAAUUCGUUUUUCGCUGGAAAUACAAAAGAAGCCAAUAAAUUAAAGGAGGAAUUCAGGCAACAUUUUAGGAACAUUUCAAGAAUCAUGGAUUGUGUUGGUUGUUUAAAAUGUCGCCUUUGGGGAAAACUUCAGAUUCAGGGAUUGGGAACAGCUCUGAAGAUUCUGUUUUCUGAAAAUUUGAUAGCAAAUAUACCAGAGAAUGGGCCUUUUUAUGGAUUUCACCUAAGAAGACAAGAAAUAGUGGCAUUGUUUAAUGCUUUUGGAAGUAUUGCAUUUCCAUCUUAGGGGCUGACUCUCCCCUUUGGAACCUGUCUGCCCCUUGGGGAAUUGGUGACUGGACACCCUUCAGAUCUCCAAGCAGUUCUCCACCGACUUGGGACCCUGGAAUUCACUGAGGACACGCCUCUAAAGACAGUGUAUCUGCAGCCUUUCCCUCCCCCUCUUAUUCCCCUCUCUCUCUCCUAAACAGGCAGGGACAGCUAUACACCCAUUCUCAGCACUGAAGAAACUACAGAAGAUUGGACCUUCGCCCUUUUCCCCUUAAAUACUUGGAGAGUGGAGGGAAUAGGAUGGCAGGGGGCAUUGAACCAGGUGCGGCCUGAGAUUCUGGCCCUCUGGGAGGCUGUGUGGUUCCCCAAUGGAUGUCUGGGCCUGCUAGAUGGCAGGACUCACCAGAAGCAGUGGGGAGACAGCUAGCAAAAGGGAAUACAUGACCCACUCACUUCAAUUACUUCACUUUCUCCCCUACCUCUUGGUUUCCCCCUCCCUUGUCACAGAGUAUCCCUCAACCGGGAAAUACCUUAUCCCACCCGCAGGAGCACACUGGCUGUGCUCCCAUUCUGGCCUACAGCCCUGUGUCUCCCCUAACUCCCUCACUGCCUGCCGCGAGUUCUGCACCCCCGUCACAAUAGUACCCCGAGUGACCUUCUAUGCCGAGCAGGACCUCCUCUUCCUUAAGGAGGGGGGCCUCUGUGCAGCCUUGGAUGAAGAAUGCUGCUUCUAUGUUAACCACUCAGGGAUUAUUAGGGACUCCCUGAGCAAGCUACGAGAAGGUCUAGAAGCCCUGAUGGAAGGAGAAACUGCUGGCCCCUGGUUCGCCCACCUUUUCAAUUCUUCUCCCUAGUCACAUCCUUCAUAGGACCCCUCAUAAUCUUAAACCUACUCUUAACAUUCAGCCCCUGCAUUUUUAACCGCCUUGUUUGGUUUAUGAAAGACCGGCUGGAUGCCAUCCAGGUGUUGGCUCUUCGACAAUAGUACUGACCCCUAGCCACUACUGAGAGCCACGAGCUGCCUCAGUGGGCGGGCCCUCCCUCUGCCCCCUAAAAGAAAAAGAAGUUGGAAAUGAGGGAGGCCAGAGCAGGAAAUUGCUCAGCCUUGGAAGGCCUGAACAGGGAGCUGCCUAGCCUUGGGAGCUUCAGAACCAUAAAUAGGCCAAAACCCCUAGCUGCAGUGGGUACCAGAUAAAGGCCAAGAAGACCCCAAUAACAUAAAAUUGUCAAGAUCCCAAGAAUAGUAUGAAGCAGAUAAGGGCUGAGGGGAGCCAUACAUGCCAGCAAUGUUCCAACAAUGGUAUGUAGCAGAUAAUGGGCUGGAAAGGGGCCAUACAUGCUGGAAAGUAUUUAAGGUCCAGCCUUUCAGAUGCAACUGGGAACUCUUUUAGCUGAGUUCCCACUAGUGCGUACUAGUUCAAUAAAUGGCCCUUUGCCUGAUUGCAUUGUCUAUGGGUCUUCCUUGGUGGUGGGUGAAAUCCUGGACCUUAACACUCUUUUCAGAAUGGAAGUUUCCUUUCUCAGGAUAACCUUUCUCAAUGCAAUUAUUACUGAGUUUUAUAAUUAUUUUAGAAACCAGUAUUUGAAAAUUUGUAAACUUAUUAAUGGUAUCUAUUAAGUGAAAACAAAAGACUCCUUAUCAAGUCUUUUUUGUACUAUUUGAUAAAAUAAUGCAAAUAAAUAAAACAUGUUAUAAAAUGAUGUGAUUUUUAGUCUAAUAAUCAGGGAAUAAUUAUAAUAUUAUCCAAACACUAGGUAUUUGAAGCAUUCAGGUGAUUUUCUUAAAAUAUCAAGUAUAGGGGCAGCUAGGUGGCUCAGUGGAUUGAUAGCCAGGCCUAGAGAUGGAGAGGUACUGAGUUCAAAUGUGGCCUGAGACACUUCCUAGCUAUGUGACCUUGGGCAAGUAACUUAACCCCCAUUUCCAAUUCCUUAGUACUCUUCUCCUGUGGAACCAAUACACAGCAUUGAUUCCAAUAUGGAAGGUAUAUGGGUUCUUAAAAUAAAUAACCAAAUAUGAUAUAUGUUGUUUUAUAGCUAAGUGUCAUAGGGGAAGGAAGGUGGCAAAGAUGAUGGAGUGCAAGGCCUGGAAAAGUCAAAAAGACUCAUCUUUCCAAGUUCAAAUCUGGUUUAAAUACUUACUAUGUGUGUGACCAUUGAUAAGUCAUUUAACCCUGUUGGCUUCAGUUUCCUCCUCUGUAAAAUGAGCUGGAGAAGAAAAUGGCAGAUUACUCCAGUAUCUUUGCCAAGAAAAUCCCAAAUGGGGUCAUGAAGAGUCAUCCAGAAUUUAACAGCAACAAUAUAGUUUUGCAUAUAAUUGACUAUAUUCAAUUGUAUUAUUGGUUCCCUAAUUCUUUAAAUUUCAAGAAAACUUCAUCUGUUCAAUCCAUUUCCUGCCCCCCCCCCCAAUGCAGAGCAAGCCAUAUCUUUGUAAAGAGCACAAAAACACUUUUAUUUUAACAGUAGUGCUUUGUUACAAUUUAGUGAAAUGACAAAUAAUACAUUCGUUGGCCACAGCCAUACUUUUGUAACCAGUUUGCAAAUGAUUAACACUGUUUCUCAGCAAUGUAAAGAAACAAAAAAAAAGAAAAGAAAAGAAAAGAAAAGAAAAGAAAAGAAAAGAAAAGAAAGGAAAGGAAAGGAAAGGAAAGGAAAAGAAGGAAGAAAAAAGAAAUAGAAAGCUAUGCAUAUAAAAGUCACUUUUCAGCAGUUACUUAAAACUAUAACCAGGCAAAAUGAGUGGUCAGAAUUUCAAAAUUAAUGGCCCUUGAUUUUUAAAAAUUUGUAAAAACUGCCAUUGCUAGUUGCAUAGAAUUUUAUGCUUUAAAAGACUUAUUUCCCAGUCUAUGAACCAAAAGGAAGAUCUAAAAUUGUCUUUAUGUGCUUCCAUGAAAAAUGAAUAAAUAGUAAGCCACUAGCCCUUUGCUCUUUUGCAAACAUUCCCUUCCUUCCAGACUGUAAUUAAAGUGCUCCUAGUGCUUUGGAAUUCUUUAGCAAAAAUCAGGCCAGAAGCUUGGAUAGUUUAUUUUCUCUUUGGUGAUGUUUUGUCAGGAGGUGUAUGUAGGAAAAAACAAUAAGUAAAGAGUUCAAGUUUACUACUUGGUGAAAAAAACAAGCUUCUGAAUCACAAUUUGGGCAAGUCAUACUAAAGCAGCUAGAAGAAUCAAGAUAUUUUAUAACAAGAAUAUCCUUUAAAAAAAUAUCCUAAAUGAUUUGCUGAUCCAAUGGUAUUAUCUUGGGAAACCCAAAUAGAAUGAACUUUACUCUUCUACCAGGGAAUGAAUAGAUAACAAAUAUUGGUAGGCAGUGGUAGAUGGAUUAUAAUAAUAUAGAUCAAAUUUGCAAAAAGAAGUAAAUGACAACCAAAAAAAUCGUGUUGACAAAAUAAUUCACAUGCAAAUGUUAAACUGCUACAUGUUUUAUACUGUAAAAGUUAGUUAAUGGAAAAUUUUUGAAGCACAGGCAUUUCCAUCAUUAGAUUUGCUAAACACUAAAUAAAUUUUUAGUUAUAGUCACAAUAUUUAGGCUUAUGUUUUAAUCAAAAGUCAUAUUUGCACCAUAAAGAAGUUUAUUUAGGUGUGUAUGAGCGGCCUACUCAGCAAUUUAAAACAAAAAAUUUAAUUUUCCUUUUGGUUAACCUUCUAGUAAUAUUACUAUUCCAGUAAAAUUAUUGCAUCAGUUUGAACUAAAAUGCCUUUCAGUUUUUAAUGAAACAAAAUUGAAUGUCCCAGGCAAUAUUGGAGAGAAAACAUAUUCAAAUGCAUUAUUACUGCUAGUUCCAUUUAAAUAAAAAGUCAGUGGAAAGCAAUUGAUAUACUUUAACAUAUAGGGGCAAUUAUCCCACCUGUUUCCUUGGCAACUUUAGGUAUUUUUUAGUACCCACUGUUGUUGUUUUCCCAUUUUUUAAAAAUUCUAUUAUAAAAUUAACAUAGUCUCACUGUCAUGUUUUUCAAAUUUAAAAGAGGCACGAAGCAAUUGAAAUUUAGUUUAAAAAAUAAAACAGUCUCUUAAACAUUGCUAGCCACUUUUAAAAAUUCAAUAUUUACUGUACAUACACUUAUUAUCUCAGUGGUGUUUGACCUUGCACAUACAGAAGCUAUAUAAAAAUUUGAACAUAUACUAAAAAUUUGAAGCAAUAUAUGUUCUGAAGUACUGCACUUAUGUUUACUAUGCUAAUCUAUCAUGAUAUACUUAAAAAUAAUUCUAUUAGAGAUAAUUCCUCUGCUUACAUUAAUCCAAUAUAAUUAUUUAAAAAAUUAUUGUAACCCCAACCUAUAACAUUCUGAAAAAUAAAAAAAAAAACUCUAAACAAUUAGAAUGCUUCAUUUUGUGAACUGCAUAUUUGUACUUGUUUAGUUCUGAGAGUUUCUGCCUUUCCCAAGUCCAAAUUCACUGUUGCUUCUCUGAAGAAUUUAGCUUUCAUGUACUCCAUAUAGAAUGAAGUCAUAUUACUGCAAAAGAAUCUCUUGAUCAAGAAUGCUAGUCAAAGAUUCAUUAGCUAGUUUUGCCUAAUAAGAACUGACAAUUACCUUUAAUUGACUAACUCUAGUCACCAUUAUAUUCAAGUUACUACAAUUAUAUUUUCAAGAAAAUUUUGGGUAGUGUUUUAAAAUUCAUGUUUAAAAAGCCAUUUCUUUGGAAAAUUGAUAUUUCUAGUAUGUAUUUUUAAAUUAUUGAACUUGAAUUCAUGCUCCUUUAAAUUCAUUUUAUAAUUCCAUACAAAGACAAUCAGUUCAUGAACUUUUGACAUAAAAAUUGUCCAAGGAUUUGUUGAUAAGUACUGCUGCCAAUUAUAAUUAUCAACAGGCAGAGACAUUUUAAUAACUGGUUUAUUUUAUUUUGGGAGCAAAGACCAAAUAGGUCAAUAGACCUUGAAUAGCAUUUUCUGAAACCUUUUAUAGAUUUUAAUUAUAAGGCAGAAUAGAUUCAAUUGAAUUUUGCAGAGGACAGAAAAGGCAAGUAAAGAUGUACAUAUCAAAUUGCCGAUAGCAGAAGGGGAAGAUCUAUGUCAGGUAAAAUAGAAAACUAGCCAGUAAGCACUGGAACUAUAGCUAAUAUAUCAAGCUGGAAUUUUGCAGACAGAACAGGAACUAAACUAGAUAGCACCAGUGCUAUAGUUUAUGUCUAAUAGACUAGCUAGUUGCAUAACUUGCUUUCAAAAGGAAAUGGUGAUUCUAAAGCAAAUACUAAAAUUCUUUUAUGACACUAAUCUUUUUAGAAAAAUUGCUGUGCAGGUUUGGUAUACUAUAAAACAAAACAAUUUGAAGACUAAAAUAUUAUUUUGGAGAUUAUCGUUUAUUCUUCCAGAGCAUAAUGAAAAAAAGUGCAAAUAUGCAUUUUAUAUUUCUAAUAUCAGAAAAUUCUGGGGUCUUUUUCUUCCAACUCUAAAGUUACAAUUCUGCUUCAUUUGAAAUGAAGAGAUGAGUAAUGUUUUGCCCUCCAUUUACAGCUAAUUCUAGUUUUUUUCUCAGCUAUGAAAGAUAAUGGAAUGUUAGUAUGCAUAAAGCCAUAAUACUUUGAAAAUACAUACUCAUGAAAACCUCUUUAGGAAAAUGGAUUUUGAUGAUAUUCAGUCUUGUGGAGUUGAAUAUAAACUAUGAUGAUUGUUCAUAUCUAAGUUACCACAAGCAAAGAGCAAAGGAGCAGAAUCUGAUGUUGGUCCAUUCAGAUGAGAAUUGACUAUGAAACUGUUGUUGUCACUUCCAGUUAUGGUUCCAUACCAACCCAAGCUUUGUGAAUUAGAUAAACUGCAACAAUAAAAAAAAAAAUUCAAACUAUGACUAAGAUAUAACUAAAGUAGUCAUUUUUAAAAAAGUCUUUUCAGUUAACUUUUAACAUUUAAUUUCAGUGAUUUAGAAUUUUGUGUUCCAGUUUUACAAGUUUUCCAGUUUUCCACCAGUUAAUGGAUUUUUGGACUGAAAUUAUUCAGCAGCAUGUUAUUCAUUCAUGCCUUUGUUAUCACUUGGUUACACUAAUCUGAUAACUAAGAAGAACCAUAAAAUAAAGCUUUAUCUGCAAAUAAUGACUACUAAAGGACAAAUAUUUAAGCACCUAUUGUGUGUAAAGCACUACACUUGGAGAUAAAAGCAAAUUUAGAUAAGAGCCCUAAUAGAGUAACUCCUGGGCCUGAACGAAUAGCCCUACCUUUAUAAGGGUUUCCAGAGGGCUCCCUACCAGCACUUCGGGAGUAAAUUAGGGGCCAUUUCCUGAAUUUGUGGGAGCUAUUUUUUUUAAUUCUUCAGUGGAUUUUGAGGGACAUUGAAAAUAUGGAUACAUAUAUCUUUAUGAAUAGGGCAGUAAACCUUAAAUGACCAAGGACCUAGAGGGUAAUUUUCCAGAUCUCCCAUCCAGACCUAUAGAAUCAAGAGGUAAAAGCUUGAAGGAAGGAGGAAGGAUACAUUUUAAUGGUCCUUGUGCUCAUUGCUUUAAGCUCUGGUAAAUUAUAGCUUCCACUUUUUAUGCUACCUCGUGGAUUUUGGUAUAUGAUUACUACACUAUAUAUUCAAGGUCCAAAAGUUCCUUCUCCAAAAUUAAGAUAUUUAAAUAAAGAUCACGAGUGUUAAGACUGGUUCUGCAGAAUAUUAAGCCUAAAAAAAAGAAUAUUAAGCCUAUCUAAAUGACUUUGGUCACAUCUACCUUCCUUCUCUUGAACCUCCAAGUCUUGGCAAGUCAUCAUCACUAUCAUACCGUCUUGGAUUGUCGAAAAAGUAAGCUCUGGAAGUAUAACUGUGACUAUUUACAUCAGGAGCCUGGGAACAAAAGAAUAUGUAAAAAAUUAUGCUAAGAUUGUAUUCUUUUCAAGUUAUGACAAAGUAGGCUGGCAUUUAUUUGAAUUUAGGCAUAGGAAGGUAUCAUUUUUUUAAAGUAUGGAUAUUUUAAGAAGUUUUAGAAUAGCCUACCAAAUUCUGGUUUGGCCUCUGUGCUCUGAAAAAUAGUACCAUCAACCAGGCUGGUAUAUGUUCCCACAAAAAGAGGAUCAUGCCAAACACUACGUAUUCUUCUCCACUGAUGUCUUCCACAUGAUUCUGCAAGUACAUAGCAAAUAAAAUACUUUUGUUUCAUUUACAAAAUGUUCUCUAUGAUCAAAUUGUCUCAGAUUAAAAUUUUGAAGUACUGAGAAAGCAAUUAGGUGUACAUAAACAAAAGAAAUCAUUUUAAUGGUAUUUCUCUUGGUGUCUGGUGUUUAUAUAAAUUUAAUAUGGUUUUAUUUUGCUGACACCUAAUUAAGAACAGAUGAUUUGUAAUGUCCAUUUCAGUGAAAAAAAAUUUUUUUUUGGUGCCAUGACUCAGAUCAAAAACAUUUUUUAAAAAAACAAUGUCUUUAAGAAACCUCACCUUUGAGGCCUGCUAUACCUUGUCCUGAAAGGGAAAAUUGUUGGAAUAAAUACUCCAGGUAAUACACAGGAAAAAAGAAUUCUUUCAUGAAGAGAAACAAGUAUUAGAAUUAAAAGUAGUUGCACAGCUGAGUAAUAAUAUAUGAUUCUGACCUAUUCGCCUGUGCUUUUGCUUAUUUUAUAUUCUAUCAGUAAUAGAGAGUAAUGGAGAAUGGAAGCAUAAAGUACCACAACUCCAGUAAAUUUCCCCUCAUAAAACAAUGAUUCACAAAUCUAUUUAAAGAAUAUUCAAGUAUCCCCAACUUUUUAAAAGAUUUCUCUAAAAGACAUUUUAAUUAUGUGAGAUAAAGUUGUCAUAUAGUAGCUUAAGAGGGUUAGAACAGACUGCUUUUGCAUAGUGAUUACUAGUUACUAAGGUAUAAGCUCAAUACAGUAUUGCAAAAAAUAAUUUUUUUAAACCCUUACCUUCUCUCUUAGAAUCAGUACUAAAUAUCAGUUCUAAGGCACAAGAGUGAUAAGAGGCAGGAAAUUGAGUUAAUUAUAUUUGCCUAUGAUCAUACAGUUAGGAAGUGUCAGGCUAAAUUUGAACCCUGGACCUCCUAUCUUCAGAUCUCAUGCUAUCCACUGAGCCAGCUAGUUGCCCCAACAAAUGUUUUACAUUUUGUUUUUAUAACCUUAGCACCUAGAAAAGUAUGUUGCAAUCCAUAAACAUUUAAAUUCUUAUUUGGAUUGGAUAAUGGAUAAGGAUCCCUUUAUUAAGCAUUCAUGUCCAGGGAACUACAUUUCUUCCCAUUAUUAAGGUUAAAAACUCAGAUUUGGGCAAUAUUCUCUCAUUAAAAUUAUAACCUUCAACCAAGCAGUCAAGUUAUAUAGUAGUUCUGAGCAAGAGAUUUAAAACAAUCUUUAAGAUUUGAGAUAAACACAAAAUACAGAAAAGGGUUGAGCACUUAAUUCAAAUAAAAGAUAGAUUUAUUUCUAAUAACCAGAUGCUAGACUAUUUACUUAAAAGGAAUUACUAGGAAUACUUUCUGGAAAAUGACAAAGUCAAACACAUGUAACUGGAAAUUUAGUAAAAAUUUAAGCAGAAUUAAUAAUAUCAUCUAAAAUCUAGCAUUUAUACCCAAAUUAAAGCAUACUUUAUUUCUAUAACAUUAAAUUAGCAAUGCACAUGAUAGUUACCUUUUCUGAAAGAUUAUCCCAUCCAUAAUUAAAUGGACUUUCUAUAGUAUCCUGAGAUAGAGUAAUCACCACCAAAUUAUAACAAGCUCUUGAGGAGUAGAGAAGAAUGACUACAGAGCCUACUGUAACAGUCUGACACACAGACCUUCCCUAAAAAAAAGAUAAAAA